CAAUUCUACAUUAUGUAGAUAAGAUUAAAUUGUAGCGGGCACACAGCUUAUAUAAAGACCCACAGAUGAAAAUAAUAUGUGUUCAUCAGCCAUGAAAGGCUUCCUCAUCCUACUUCUCUCUGCAGCAUGUCUGCUGGCCUCUGAAGGUAAAAGAGUGAAAAUCAUAAAUGGAGAUGAAGCUACUCCUCACUCCAGACCCUACAUGGCUCUGAUAAUAUUUGAGACAGAAAUAGAUGAAAUGAUUUGCGGAGGAAGUUUGAUAACACCAAACUGGAUACUAACUGCAGGGCAUUGUCAAAAGCGAGGAAGUAUAGCAACCGUUGUUCUUGGGGGUCAUUCGAGAGAAGAAUAUGAAAAAGGGAUUCAGAAGUUUUACAUUUCCAGAUCUAUCCAACACCCAAAAUACAACAGCUCAACUUUAAAAAAUGACCUCCGUUUGAUCAGAUUGAGAGGUAAAGCGAGGCUGUGGAAAAAUAUUAAAUUGCUCCCUUUACCAGAAAAAUUUGAGCACAUAGAAGAAGGAACAGUCUGUGAAACAGCCGGAUGGGGACGGACAGAAAACAAAGUUGAAGCUCAAUCUCUGCGAGAAGUAAAUAUCACCAUUCUAAACCGAGAAACAUGUCAGAAACAUUGGAAUAAUAGAGUUGAAAUAACCAACAAUGUAAUAUGUACCAAAGUGGGUCCAAAGGGACAAGACACCUGCAUAGGAGACUCGGGUGGUCCGUUAAUUUGCAAUGGUGCAUUCACUGGAGUCACUUCAUUUGGGGAAAAUGUGUGUGGACGACCUAACGAUGCAUCCAUCUUCACCCGCCUGACUGAGGAAUACGUGAGCUGGAUAAAGAGCACAAUCGCUGCACACAUCUAGCUUCAUUAACAGCAAUAAAGCUAUUUGCAUAGAUUAUAUUCUGUGGUAAUCGUUGAUCUCCAUUCAAUUUAAUUUCCUAAAAUAGAAUACAGGGUGACAGCACAAAACAUAGCAAUCCUCUAAAAAUAAUCAUGUGAUUGGAACAUAAAGCAGGAUAUCUGCAGUGCAUAUUUUGUAAUGUCCUAAAUGCCAAAAUUCUUUAGUUUUUACUGUCUAAUGUCAAUAUACUAUGGAUGAAGCAAUUGAUGUAUAAUAUGAUGAAUAUAAUAUACUUAUAUACUGCA